GCUGCUAUGUCUGGGCGCGGGAAAGGUGGAAAGGGGCUGGGGAAAGGCGGUGCUAAAAGGCACCGGAAGGUCCUGCGGGACAACAUCCAGGGCAUUACGAAGCCCGCGAUCCGCCGUCUAGCUCGCCACGGCGGGGUGAAGCGCAUCUCGGGGCUGAUCUACGAAGAGACCCGCGGGGUGCUGAAAGCUUUCUUGGAGAAUGUGAUUCGGGACGCGGUGACUUACACCGAGCACGCCAAAAGGAAAACCGUGACUGCCAUAGAUGUGGUGUACGCCCUGAAACGCCAGGGGCGCACCCUGUACGGGUUCGGGGGCUGAUCCGAAAAAAUAAUUCAACCCAAGGCUCUUUUAAGGGCCAUUCAUUCCUGCAUAGAAAGAGUUGGUCUUGCUGUGUAUGGUUACACGGAUAUUAAUAUUGUGCUCAUAUCUGGUUUGGAUAUUAACAUGCAAGUACUUUUUUCAACUAAGCUACUACGUUAGUCUG